GUGCCGGUCGUGCCCAUGGUCGUGCCGUUAGCGCGGCAUGUUUGUUUUGCUAAACUGACGUCGUCGUGACGCAUACGUUGUGCUGUGCGUUCCUGACGCCGUUUCGUGUGUCCUGAAAAGCCAUUUCUAUCUCUUUUUUUUCUUCUUUUAGUAGUUACGAAAAUAUGGUGACAUCUCCUUGCUUGUUCACCCGACGAGAGCGAUCAAAAACGACUGUCUGCCUUCGUCUCGAAUUGGUCCAAGGUUUUCGAGUACGCGUUGCGAAGCCGUGAUCGUCCGAGCCGGAUCUGAGCUGCGCCGCAGCAUGUCUGAUGAACGGGAGCACGCCGCUUCGGAGACGCCGACACGAAACAGAUUCAAGAUGCAAGCGAGGCGGUCCCGAUCCAGCCUUGGUGCUGCCAAUCGCCCAUUCAGCUCACCGAUGAAGACUACGCCUGUAAGCAGUCAAAGUGUUGAGGACUUGCGCAAGAAGCUGGCUGACCUCCGCCGCAAGAGUCGCCUCCUGGAUGAGCAGAUUGAACAGCUCAAGGCAGAAGGCUGCACCAUAGAAGAGCUUCCUUGGCACAUGGAGCAGCUGCAUACUUACAACCAGAUUAAGGACAUAGCUCACCAGGUCAUUGGCAGCCUGGCGGUUAUUGAAGGAGUCACCAUAAAGGACAAGCAGGAACACUACGGUCUACCCACAACUGAACCCAGUAGUGUGCCACCGCACACUUGACUUGGCCGCAUGGCGGGGGGCGAGAGGGGUUAACCCAUGCAGCAGAGGUCUGGGGUGGGAUCGACAGUGCAUUGAUGGUUUUUCUUUGCCUUUUUCCCCUCCUCUUGUAUCACUCACGCCUUUCUUCCCCCCCCCCUUUUUUUUGUUGUUGUUGGAAAAGCCUACAAGUUAUGUGUUGGUACCGCUGUGGAGUCUUCUUUCUAUGGCCUCUCUCCAAGUGGGAGGGCACUUAAAACUUCUACUUUUGAAGUGAGGUCAGCCGCAACACCCAUGUACAAUUGUCUAGUGAAUAAACAUGUUUCAUUUGCUGCAA